AUGAAUAAUCUCCUGUUCUGCCCUACCACCUUUGUCAGUGAAAACGGAAGAUCUGUGCUUUCCCCUAUUUUCAUCGUCUGUUACCACAUACUGGAGCGCCGGGACCGCCACGCCCGCCUAGCCCGUCACCCGUCAGCGGCUCGCGCUCCUUCCUCCCGGCCACCUAGGAACGGGACUCUAAAAUGGCGGCGGCCGCCACCUCCUGCGGGCAGAGGACUAAGAAGUAUCCCAAGUCUAUCACGGUUUCAUAGGUUAAGGUAUUUGUGGAUUAACAACAACAAGAUCCAAGAUUUAACUUUCUUGAUCAAAAACUAUUGCUUGACUGAACUCUAUCUCAACAAUAAUGAACUGACAGAUAUAUCAGGUGCUCUGAAACACUUAUGUGCGUUACGGAUUCUGUUGCUUCACAACAACGAGUUAAAAAAACUUGGCAAAACAGUGAAGGAAUUGAAAGGAAUGAUAAGCUUGCAGACCCUAAACCUAUUCCAUAACCCUCUGGCACAAGACCCAGACUAUCGACUUUAUGUGAUAUACUUCCUUCCUUCGGUACAGCUCCUUGACAGGAAGUCAGUUACACAGAGAGAAAGGGAGUCAGCGCUUCAUCUUUACAAUCGUGAAAGGUCUUGUGUCCUCCAGUCAAUAGCUUUUGGCAAGAGAGUAAAUACACCCCUAGGGACUACAGCGGGCUCUAGCAGAUGCGCUCAACCAGCCAGAAGACUGAUGAUGCCCUCAGGUUGUGAAUUUGGAAAUCACACAAAUAAAGUACCGUUUGAGAACCCUGAAGAUGCUGUGUUACUACGGGCAAUGACAAGAUCUCUAAUGGAAUUUUCCUCUGUUGACUGGAACAAAGUAGCCACCUGCCAAGAAAGACGGCUUGAAAACAAAGCAGAAGAACCUCAUGAGAAGCUGACAGUCCGAUUUAGAUGAGUGAUUUCUUCCUUAAGAAAAAAUUUAUUCCUCUCUCUAGUGCAAAGAUAAGCCUCUUAAGUAAGUUAAUAUCUCUAUAAAACAAGUACACUAAAACAUGCAUCUAAUUAAAUGAUCUUCAAGCAAAAAUAAGUAUUAGUGUAACAUUCCUUUUAUGUAAUAGAUAUGUAAUAGGGAGAGUGAAGAAAUUGAGAAAACAAAUGAUAAAUAGUGGCAAUGUUACAAUAAAGGUUGCUUGAAAUGCAAUUCUUACCAUACUUUUGUUAUCAGAAAUUAUUAAAGCUAAACUGCAAGUUAAUUGUCAAGAAACUAAGGAUAAAUAAUAUCAUUCUUUAUAGUUUCUACUGGAGAAUUAGACUUAGUGUGUUCACUAGAAGUAAUUUGUCUUCUUCCCUCAAAAUAAAGAUAUGAGAAAGCAACCAUUAAGCUUUUCUCAUUUCUGAGAGGGAUUCAAGUUUCGAGUUGCUCAUUUGUGUGCUGCAUGAAUGCACUGAAAACUAGUUUUAUCCAUGAGCUCUUAAGCAUGCUGGUAUCUAGCUGUUGUCUGGGGCUGCUGAUACUCUCCCAGGAUGCAGGACUUGCCAUGCACAAUGCGCUGCCCCAAGGCUGCUGGCUGGUUUUAACACACUCUGGUAUAACCACGUGGGCCGUACAACGCUGUAGCACUGCCCCGACACUGCUGGCUUCUAAAGCUUGUUACCACUGAGGAAGCUAGUGGGAGAUGCGUGUAUAGAUGGAAAACAGUAUGUUUCCUCACAUCUUUCUCGCUCCCUUCUGCCAAAGGCUUAAAGACAACGCUACUGACUUAUCAAAGCCCUUCUUCAGCCUGUGGCUUGUCUGCUGAGUUCCUCGUUUCUCUCCUAAGUUAGCAUGGAGUCACAGCACAGUCUAGGUUGGCAGGGAUGGAUGUCUGGAGCUUAUCUAGUGCAGCCUGCCUGUUGAGAGCAGGUCUGAGAUUAGGUUACCCAGUGCCCCGUCAAGGCGAGUCAAGUAUUUCCAAUGAGGGAGGUACCACCAUUUCUGGGAAAUCUCUUUCAGUGUUUCAUUGCACUCCACAGUGCUUUUCUUAUAUUCAGAUGGAAUUUCACCUGCAAUAACUUGGACCUGUUGGCUAUUGUCCUGUCACUGUGCAUCUCCCACCUUCCCUAUAACUACCUCCAGCUAUGGUAAGACUGCAAAUAGAUCUCCCCGAAUAUUUUCUCUGGGCUGAACAAACAAAACUCCUCCAACCCUCUGAGCAUCAUGGUGGCACCCUUGCUGGACCUGUCAUUAAUCUCUCUUUAACUGAGUUGACCAAAAUGGGACACAGUAUUCCAGGUGUGGCCUAGCAACUGCCAAGUCAAGUGGAAUAGUUACACUUUUGAUCUGCUGACAGUACCGAUGCAUGGCACCAUCGACCUUCGGUGCUGCCAGGGCAUACUGCUGGCUCCAGGUGAGCUUACUGCCCACCAGGAUCCCCAGGGCGUUUUCCCCAGACCCAGGCAGAGCCCAGUCUGUACUGCUCCAUGGGAUUACUCCUUCCCACAUACAGGACUUCAUCAUUGUUAAAUCUCCUAAUUCCUUUCACCUUUUUGGCAUUAGAUUCCUUUUUGAUUUCAAUUUACCUAUUUUUCUUGCUUGAAGUUCCAUGCAUUUUGUCAAUGCCCUUAAAUUAGCCUCAUCUUUGUGGUUUUAAAAGGUAGAUCAACGCCUUGGUUUUGAUCAGGUUUCAGGUUCUCAAACUGAAUCAGUCUACAGAGAAGCUAGACCAAACAGCUUCAGCUAACGUUUUC